AUGGAGUCCCCGUGUUCGUCGCCGCACACCGCCAGCAUGUUUCGAUACUUGAACCCAAAGUCGCUCUUGACGAUGCAGCAGUUGGAAACGACCAUUAUACCUGUCUCCCUAUCGGGAGAACCUCUGAUGUUUGUGGAUGAAUUGACGCUUGCUAACCCGGGAACUCUGGUGAAUAGUAACCAGCGGACGAGAAACCAGUUCCGCCCGCGCGUGGGCAAGGGCGGCUCGGCCAGUUAUCAGUUGCGACAAUAUGCUGAGGUGACGCUUGGCGGUGGUAGUUUGCGCAAGGUUGUCAAGCUUCCGGAAGGCGAGGAUGAGAACGAGUGGUUAGCUGUCAACAUGGUGGACUUCUAUAACCAGAUCAACCUUCUCUAUGGUGCCAUCACCGAGUUCUGCUCACCACAGUCAUGCCCUGAGAUGAAGGCUACUGAUGAGUUCGAGUAUUUGUGGCAAGACAAUGAGAACUACAAGCGUCCAACCAAGAUGCCUGCACCAGCAUACAUUGAGCAACUCAUGUCAUGGGUGCAGGCGAAUAUUGACAAUGAACAAAUCUUGCCCAGCAAGAUCGGCGUACCCUUCCCCAAAUCAUUCCCAGCACUGGUUCGCCAGAUCUUCAAACGCAUGUAUCGUGUAUAUGCACACAUCUACUGCCACCACUACCCCGUGAUUCGUGAGCUCGGACUCGAGCCACACCUCAACACGAGCUUCAAGCAGUAUGUGCUGUUUGUUGAUGAGCACGGCCUGGCGAGUGGUAGAGAUUACUGGGGUCCCCUUGGUGAUCUGGUGGACAGCAUGCUCAAGAGCGACUAG